UUUUCGACAUAAAAAAACGAGUUCUGAAAAAUUAAAAGUUACAUAUUCUGAAUCAGCGUAAAAUUCUCUAUCGAAUAAUGUAUAGUAAAGCCGAAAACAAAAUUUUACUUGAAGUUCGAAUUGCUGGUAUCUUAUGAAAUACUAACAUUGUAUAGUGUUGUUGAAUUCUUCCUUUGAGACUCGUUUUGUUUUAAUAACUAAUAAAAUUUGUUUUAAUUUACUCUUUAGUUUCACUAUUUAUCGUACUUUAGAAUCCAACAUCAUCAUCGUCUCGGUUAAUAUCCGAAUCAUCGUAUGUUAAAAUUGAUGAUAACGAAUCUUCUACAGCCGAUAAACCAACGGCGAUUGAUGAAGCCACGACCUACUUAGAAACAAAUCCACUUGUUGUUAAUGAAUCUUCUUUAACAAACGGCGAAAAUAAUGAAACUACUCAAUCAACAGUUCUCACAAUAGAACCAUUUAAUGAAUCAAACUCUUCUCUGCCAACACUAACCUCAUCAACCACAGUGCAACCAACAUCCACAUAUGAUAAAACAGAUAAAGAACAUUCACAACAGUUACAAGAUAAGUAUUAUGAUAAUCCGGUGAAUGAAGGAGAAUAUAUCAAUCCAAGAGGAAUACGAUUUACAACGGCUACAAAUACAAAAGAACCAUUGACGCCUUACGGAUGGUCAUGUGUACGUGGGCUAUUUCGAUUUUUAGCAACAUUAAUCAAUAGUUAUGACAAAAAUAAUACCGAGUAUAUGAUGACAGUAGGCUUAAAUUUAUUAACAGUGGCUCUAGAAGCUGGAGCAGAUUACAUCGCAAAUUAUUCAUUAUUAUUAUCCAUUGUUAAAGAUUUAUUAUGUAAAAAUUUAAUUGGGAUUUUAAACAAUGGUCGUCUUCCAUUAUUCACAUCAGCAUUACGUGUAUCCUUCUUGAUAUUUGAAAGUUUAAGAACACAUUUAAAAUAUCAAUUAGAAUUUUUCAUUACACGUCUGAUGGAAUUGAUUGUUAGUGAACAAUCUAAGAUAACUGUCGAACAAAAAGAAAUUGCUUUAGAAACUAUUGUUCAAUUAUUACGAAUACCCGGAUUACCAGCUGAAUUAUAUCUCAAUUAUGAUUGUGAUCUAUAUUGCACAAAUUUAUUUGAAGAAUUAGCAAAAAUGCUAUCAAAAAAUUCCUUCCCAGUUGCUGGUUUAACAUCAACUCAUAUUCUAUCGUUAGAUGCUUUAUUGUCUGUUAUCGAUCAUAUCGAAUUAGAAUGUCAAUGUCAACUUCAAAAGCAAAAAAAUGAUUCUGCUGCUCAAGGUUUGACACGUCCUGUACCAUCUGGAUAUGCGUUAGCAUUAUCUAUGCAAAAUAUUGAUACAAAUAGAGCAAUUACUCCUCGUGAAUCUCGGCACGGUCCUUGUAUUCGUCAAAAUCGUAUGCAAAUUUCUACAAACUUACCCACACAAGAUGAUUUAAAAAAGAUAAAACAUGAAAAAAAGUUAUUACGUCAAGGUAGUGAAUUAUUCAACUCCAAUCCUUCAACUGGUAUUGCAUUCUUACAAGAAUAUCAUCUGUUAUCUGAUCCUCUUCAACCUCAAGAAAUAAUUAAAUUUCUCAAAGAUAAUCCACUGUUAGAUAAAAGAGUUAUUGGAGAAUAUUUAUCGAAUAAAAAGCAAGCACAUUUGUUAGAAGAUUAUGUCAAAACAUUUAAUUUUGAUGAUAUAAGAGUCGACGAAGCAAUAAGAAUAUAUUUAUCCGAAUUUCGAUUACCCGGUGAAGCACCGUUGAUAUCUAAUUUACUGGACAGUUUUGCAAAACAUUGGAGAUUGAGCAAUAAUCUUCAAUUUGGAAAUGAUGAUGCAGCAUUUACAUUGGCGUAUGCAUGUAUCAUGUUAAAUGUUGAUCAGCAUAAUUCAAAUGUUCGAAAACAAAGUACACCAAUGACAGUAGAUGAGUUUAAACGUAAUUUAUCUAAAAUGAAUAAUAAAGAUAAUUUUGAUGAUAAAAUGUUAACGGAUAUUUAUAAUGCAAUCAAAAGUGAAGAAAUUGUAAUGCCAGCUGAACAUGUUGGAGUUCUAAAAGAUCAUUAUAUGUGGAAAAUGAUGUUAAAACGAAGUCAAAGUCAAUCGACAACGGAUAAAUUUAUUCAUUCUCCAGCUGGUUCUUACAACUAUGAUAUAUUUACAAUUAUAUGGGGACAAACAAUGGCUGCAUUAUCAUUUGUAUUUGAAAAAUCACAUUAUGAAUUAGUUAUUAAUAAAGCGAUGCAAGGUUUCAAUAAAUGUGCUAGAAUCGCAGCUCACUAUUUAAUGAGUGAUGUUUUUGAUAAUCUGGUUAUUUCAUUAUGUAAAUUUACAACAUUAUUAAACAACAGAGAGUGGGUUGAAAAUCUUCCAAUUCAAUUUGGUUUAAAUCGUAAAGCUCGUUUAGCAGCCACCGUUGUAUUUAGUAUUGCUCAUGUCCACGGUGAUAUUUUAAGAGAUGGAUGGAAAAAUUUAUUAGAAUGUAUUAUACAUUUGUAUAAAGCAAAUCUACUUCCCAGUGUUCUUGUUGAAGUUGAAGAUUUUCUUGAUCCAAGCGGAAGAACAACGUUAAUUAAAGAGCAAAUAACACAGACACCUAAAACUGAUAUUGGUUUAUUUAGUUCAUUAGCCUUUUUGUUAGGAGGUAAUGAUAGUCAAAUAUCGUCACAAAAACAGCCCACAGUCGAAGAACAAGAAGCUAUAAAAGUCGCUCAAUCAUGCAUUGAAGAAUGUCAUCUCGAACAAUUGUUACAAGAAACAAAAUUUUUAAUUAUCGAUUCGUUGAAUGAACUUAUUAAGGCACUCAUUUAUGGCUGUCAAGGUCCAGAACAAUUAGCUGGAUCAGAUAUUAAAUUUGAUCAAGAUUCAGCUGUAUUCUGUUUGGAAUUAUUAGUCAAAGUUGUAUUACAAAAUAGGGAUCGUGUUACAUUAAUUUGGACAACUGUGCGUCAUCAAUUCUAUUCAAUAUUAGUAAAUGCUAAUGGAAAUUCAUUUUUUGUCGAAAGAGCAUGUGUCGGAUUAUUGAGAAUAGCAGCAAGAUUAUUGAGAAGAGAAGAAUUAGCAUCGGAAGUUUUAGCUUCAUUACGUAUGUUUUUACUUAUGAAACCACCAGUUAUUCAUCAAUUAUCAUCUGAAAUUGCUUUUGGUUUACAUGAAUUAUUGCGAACAAAUGCCGCUAAUAUUCAUAAGAGUGAUGAUUGGUUUACACUAUUCUCCUUGCUUGAAGUAGUGGGGGCUGGAGCACAUCCACCACCUGUGCUUCAAACAACAAUGAUGAGUCCUCAAACACCACCAAAAACGUUUCUUCAUCAAACACUAUCGAAUUCAAGCAAAUCAACUACAGAUACUGGUGCGCAAUCUGACAGUGAAUGUUGUGCCACAUCUAAUUGUCAAUCUUCAUUAUGUACAGAAGAUGUAAAGGAUAAAGGCUACACAUCGGAUACGGAACUCUAUCAUCAGUCAAUUUAUCAACGACAGGUAUCGGGUGAAACUGACGAUUCCAAUAUCAAAAAGGAUUAUAUUGUGGUAUCUCAUGAUGAUCUAGAAACAAUUCGUACUCAUCAGUCAAUAAUAAAUCAAUAUAAAAUUGAUUUAAAUGAAAAAUUAAGUCGACAUGAUCGUCGUGCACUUAUUAAAUGUUGUGAAACUCUAACAUUCCUUGUUCGUGAUACGGCUCACGUAACUCCAGAAAAUUUUGAAUAUUGUAUUCAUUGUAUUAGAACAUUUAUUGAAGCAACUGUUAGCUCAAAUCAAAUUCAACAACAACAAAAAAAAGCACAACAACCUCUUUCUAAGACAACACAACGAUCAAAGAAACGUCAAACAGCAAAUGAUCAACUUUCAAGUUCAUCAUCCUCUUUAUCUCUUUCGAGUUCUCAAAAUUUUCAACAGCAACAAUUUCAAACAACAACAAAAAUUCGUCAGUCAACCAUCGAUUAUGACGAAGAUGAUGAUGAUGAAACGAUAAAACAAGAAUAUCAGUCAUUAAGUUUACAACUAUUAGAUUUAAUGCAUACUCUUCACACGCGUGCAUCAUCAAUCUAUAAAUCAUACUCAGAGGAGAAGAUAAAAUCGACACACCAGCGUUCUGAUCAUACGACAACUUCAUCAAUACUUUGGUUUAAAUGUUGGUGUCCUAUACUACAAGGUAUGGCUCGUUUGUGUUGUGAUUAUCGUCGUCCCGUUCGUUCAUCAGCUCUUAAUUAUUUACAACGAAGUGUUUUAUUGCCUGAAUUACAUAUACUAUCUGCACAAGAAUGGGAAAGUGUAUUUAAUAAGGUUUUAUUUCCACUUUUAUUAAAAUUGUUAGAAUCAAUUAAUAUUAAUGAUUUAUAUGGUGUAGAAGAGACACGAGUUCGAGUAUCGCAGUUAUUGUGUCGAAUAUUUUUACAGCAUUUAACACCACUCUUAACACUACCAACAUUCACUGCACUAUGGUUAACAAUACUUGAUUUUAUGGAUAAAUAUAUGAAAUCAGAUCAAACAGAUAUGCUUCGUGAAUCUGUUCGUGAAUCGUUGAAAAAUAUGCUGUUAGUUAUGCAUACGACCGGUCUAUUUAAUGUCGGACAACAGUUAACCACAAUAUCAAAAGAUCGAAUUCAUAGUUUUCUUCCUGGACUAUGGGAUGAAGUGUUCAAAAUGUCUCCAUCACCAUCUAUAGUACAAACUCUUCAACAAUCGACAUCUCAAACGGAUAAUAUUUCUCAGGAAACAGUAACAAACUCAAAUGAGACAUCAAGUGUAAUGUUGAAUAAUGUAACACCAUCUACAUCAGAGGAGGAAAAUACAACUUCUGCACCUAUUACAACGAUUGAUAAUACAGUGAAUGCUUCUUCUACUUCUUCGACUCAACAAUCACAAAGUGCCGGCAUUAAUCGAAGUGUGCAAUCUCAAAUUCAAGAAUUGUGA